GCAGCUGCUGCAGAGAUCUCACGGCGGCGCAGAUGAAAGUAUCGGUCUGGGCUUUGUCGCAGCACCGAGAGCUCGCUCCUUCGGCCCCGUCUCGUGAUCAUCAUCACAUCACCCGCCAAAUAACGCCGUGCCGUGCACAGACACCUGCGACAACCAACAUUCGAGCGGAUAAUAAGAGAAAAGGCGAUAGGUCGAUAAAUAGCCUAAAUAUGUCGGCUAUAACCGCGUUAUUACCGUAAUCAUCGARUGACGGUAGGGACUAUUGCCUCGAUAACCUAACCGCGCAACAGAAGAGGAGGAAAAACUCACUUGUUCAGGAACAUCACUUGUGCAGGUCGGGUCCGAAGAUAGGCUGCUCGCUGGCCCAAAGAGACAUGAGACAACUGCAGGAGGCAGGUAACUAGGCAACAAUAGAAACACUGCACGCGCCACGGCGGGAUAACAUGGGGUACAAGUACCCCGGGGCAGCGAUGGACCGCGUCAGCUUGCUGUGGCGUCUACGUCGUCGGGCCCGUCGCGGGGCGCUCUGUAUGGGCCUCUUCUGCAUCUCCAUGGCAAUGCUCUAUGCCCUCUGCGCCGAGAACAGCGUACCUGUCACCGAUGCUAUCUUCGGGGUGCGGGCACGGACCCGCGCCCAGCCCCGGGCACACUCCAUUAUCAAGGUGCUGAGAGGUGGGGCCAAGCCCAUGUACCUCGACCCCCAGAAGCUCCCCGGCGUCAUCCCUGGCAACGCCCACCGUCCAAUCCCAGUCCUCUCCUCUCCAAACCACACACAGGAAGUCACAGCUAAGGAGACACACCCCAAACAUCCCAAGAGAGAGCGAGAGUCAUCGGGAUUCUUCGCCUGGCUCUUGCCGCGCCCCUUCAGGCGGGCCAUGGAGACCCUGUUUGGGGGCCGUCGUCGGGGGGAGCUUAGUGGAACAGUCGGGGACGCAGAAUUUUUUGGCCCUCACAGAGCUCUGGGGGAGGUCUGGGACGACGAGAUGUCCAGUAACAUGCUGGGGAAGAGGCUGAGGAAAGUGGUGCAGAACUAUCAGGCGAUGAAUAAGUAUGGUGUGGAGUUCUCUGGUCCUGGGGGCGUGGCCACUCGUCCUAAACUGAGCGGCUCAGAGUUGCUGUGCCAGCUGAAGUACAAGGUAGAAGUUGCGACCCUGACCCCUGACCUCGAGCCCUUCUCCUCUCUGCCCUGGGCGUACCAGCUGCCCCUACAACCCAUAACCUCUGACCUUGGACCCUACAAGAGCUGUGCAGUGGUAUCGUCGGCUGGGUCACUACGCUACUCUGGACUGGGCAAGGAGAUUGACUCCCAUGAUGCAGUGCUGCGGUUCAACGCAGCGCCCACCGUGGGGUACGAGAAAGAUGUCGGCUCCAAGACCACCAUCCGCCUCCUUAACUCCCAGGUGAUGGCAUCAGACGACCACCGCUUCCUGUCCAGCUCUCUGUACAGCACAGGUGUGCUGGUGGCCUGGGACCCUUCCCCCUUUUCUGCUGACCUCAACCAGUGGUACAACAAGACUGACUACCCCAUCUUCGCCCAGUACCAGCGGUACAGGAGGCUCCACCCCCUCCAGCCCUUCUACAUCCUGCACCCCAGCUUUGAGUGGCAGCUCUGGCAGCGAAUCCAGGACAACAUGGCCGAGCCUAUCCAGAAGAACCCGCCCUCCUCUGGACUGCUGGGUACAGUUUUGAUGAUGUCCCUGUGUGAGGUAGUACACGUGUAUGAGUUCCUGCCAUCUCAGAGGAAGACGGAACUGUGUCACUACUACCAGCGCUUCUACGACGCAGCCUGUACUCUGGGGGCCUACCACCCCCUGCUCUACGAGAAGAACCUGGUCAAGAGGAUGAACCAGGGGCUCGACAGGGACAUUUACACCCACGGACGGGUCACCCUGCCUGGGUUCAGCACUCUCAACUGCACCCGGGGGGCUAGCACUGACUGAGAUAAUAAGAGAGAUCAUAUUACAAUCAGAAACACACACGGGACCACACACAGGUGGUAAAUACAGAAAACACAAUCAUAUUCACAAGCACAGCAUGUAUAACAAUAUAACUGACUAUUUUAUCAUGUGCAAUCCCUUCAGACAAUCUCUAAAUCAUGGACUGAUGGACAUUGAAAGACAUGCAUACAUGUUUGACAUUGCCAUAACUAAAUGGAAUCUUGCAACUAAUGUAAAUACCCUUUACUCGCUCAAACACGCACAGGUGCACAGAAUUCCUUGUGACAGCACAAACAAGAAAUCACACACAUACAUCAUACAAUGGACUGUCUGCAAAAACCCCACAAACUCACAGUUCUGCCGARAUCCCUCUGUCCUUAUGUGUAUAUAAACUAUAAGCGUAGUCAUUCCACUGUGAGGCGCUGUUGUCCUGUCUCUGUCUCUCAGGUUGUGACUGAGGGACAGAGAGAAGAGAGCAGCUCCUCUCUCAUUACUGAAGAUUGUCUUUGCAUGCCUGCCUUCUGCUGCACUACCACACACACAUACACACACCGAACCUGUACCCUAUGUGGACUAGUUGAAAAUGGACUUGAAGAGAAACUGAGGAGACUGCAUGAAGCUCUGGGAAGAAGAGUGGCAUCUCUUGGAUAUGCUAUAUAAUUGACCAUAGACCUGAUGGAGAUAAAUCCCCGUGCGAAAUGUGAAGGCUAACUGAAGGAAGCGACUGGAGUUCAUAGUAUGAUGCGUGACAACUAAGGGCGACCCAGAGAUUACCUCAUCAAGACAUGGACCAGAUACAUUGGGUCACAGAGGUCGUGCGGUGACACUGAGAGACACACACACACACACACACACACACACACACACAUACAUUCACAGAGACUAGCCAGACUAGCAGUCUUCUCACUCAUGAAUGAGCCAAACAUCCAGCCCACCAUGGACCAAUGAGAACUGAGAACAGUUGUUCUGGACUGGCUGAGGAUUUCUUGGGCAUCUAAUGCCCCUUUGUGGGUGAACAAAAUAACUGGAUUGUUGUAUUUCCUUCCAGGAAGAAAAAAUUGAAGUUUGUUAAAAGUAGAAGUUUGUUUUGGCAAAUAAAAAAACCCGGUCUGCAUCCGAA